CCGGACCGAUUCCCUGCGUCUGCCAGUCCCGCCACGGCUUCAUUUGGGAUCUCCAAACAGAUGAGCCCGUAGAAACUAGGGAUCAAGGCAGCCGAUUAGAGCCAAUUGCUUGCUUCGGAGACAGCCAGCCCUUCCAGGCCUGGAGACCAAGGAGGGAAAGGAAAGACGAACCCACUGCCGCUGCGGGAAGACAGUGAAGCAAGAGCAACACCCCCCGCCCCCCAAGUAGCGGCGCAGGCUUUGAAAGCUGCUCCCCUAUCUGAAUGGAAACUCGCAACCGCCGGGCGGCGCGUUUCUUCUUGCCCAGCCUUGCAAUCCAUGCCGAAGGGAAGGUGGUGCGAGCCCGCGCCAGCGCCCAGCUCUCGGGACAGGGCCCGCAAUGCUGCUGAGCAGAACUUGACCGAGCCCAUUUCUCGCUGCUAGUGGAAGCGAUGCUGCACUGCACAGCCAGAGCUUCCCCCGCUCUCCUUCAAGCUGAAGGUUACCCACCCGCGCAGCCAGCCCCAACCCUCUGAGCUGCGCGUCUCUGGUCCCCGCUCCGGCUGCUCGGCGGCGGCGCGCAGGGCAAGUACCGGGCCGCCCGCGCCGGGGCGCACUGCAUCAGCGGCUUGGGCUUGGUGGAUGUGUAUGCAUGAGUUCUGCACCGAAUGGGCGCAAAAAGCGCCCCAGCCGGUCCACCCGCUCCUCGAUCUUCCAGAUCAGCAAGCCCCAGCUGCAGAGCGGGGAUUGGGAGCGCAGGGGCAGCGGCUCCGAGAGCGCUCACAAAACCCAACGAGCCCUGGACGACUGCAAGAUGCUUGUGCAAGAGUUCAACACGCAAGUGGCCCUAUACCGAGAGUUGGUCAUUUCUAUCGGGGACGUCUCCAUCAGCUGCCCCUCACUCCGAGCAGAAAUGCACAAGACAAGAACGAGAGGCUGUGAAAUGGCCCGUCAGGCACACCAAAAACUUGCCGCCAUCUCGGGCCCGGAAGAUGGUGAGAUCCAUCCAGAAAUCUGUCGGCUUUACAUCCAGCUGCAGUGCUGCUUAGAAAUGUACACAACAGAGAUGCUAAAAUCCAUAUGUCUGCUGGGGUCUCUUCAGUUUCAUCGAAAAGGGAAGGAGCCUGGUGGGGUUACCAAGAGUUUGGAUUGCAAAAUUGAAGAGAAUGCUGAAACACCUGUUCUAGAGGACUCCUCUUCACCUCCCAUAGAUAUUCAGCAACAAUCCUGGCAGGUUUCCACAGACAUUGAGAACACUGAAAUAGACAUGCGAGAAAUGAAAAACCUUUUAAGCAAACUCAGGGAAACUAUGCCUUUACCAUUGAAAAAUCAAGAUGACAGCAGCCUUCUGAAUCUAACUCCCUACCCCUUGGUUAGAAGACGGAAGAGAAGAUUCUUUGGGCUGUGUUGUCUCGUCUCAAGCUAGGCGGUUCCUCCUGGAAACCCACCGUUGGGAAAACAUGAAAAAUCACAAACCAGAGGACCUCUAGACAGCUGAACCACAUAGCUAUUGGUUUUUGACUAUGUUUUCUAUGCUUUCCUAUUACUUUUAUCCACCCCUCCCACUCCCCAAGCCCUUUCAGAUGAUUUUACAUUUGAAAGCAGCUGCUAUCAGGAAAAAAGAACAGAUUUAAAAGCAGGCUGUUUUUAAAAGGAUUUUUUAAGCUGACAUUGUGCAUGUCUGCUCUAAACCACACAUGACAGAUGCAAGAAUUAUGAUUUUUAAAUUAUUUAAAGAUUUUUUUAAAAUGUAUUAUAUAGAGGAAAGAUAUUUCAUGUAUAAUAGUAUCUCUAUAGCUCUUGCUAAUCUCAUGCUAAUAACAAUUUAUCAUGUAUGAAAAAAGUCUUUAAACAUAGAAAUCUAUUUAAAAUUGCAAAACCAUGUUUAAAAAUCCAAUCUAUCAAUAUCGUUAGGAAUAAUAAUAUAACAAAACAUAUACCACCUCACCUAUUGCUUUCUCUGCAUUCAUUCACAUUUAGUCUUCCAUUCUGUCAGAAUCCAAGAGCUUCAACAUAAGAAUAUCUUAAUUUAUAAUGCAACCAAAACCAUAUAUGAAAAAUAUUUAAAUUUUGUAAAUACACAAUAACCUUAAUACCUUUGUACAAUGCAUAUGGGCAACUAAUUUCCUUUUGAUCCAAUGGUGUCUUUUUCUGCUUCUUGGAGAAUGAAGUAAUCCACUUAGGAAAUGGUGUAGUAACAUAUACAUUACCCUCAAAUGUAAAAUUGAAUAUUAUCACAUUUUGUUUUAAUUGAAAUCUGAAGCAUGGCGUCUGCACAUCAGCAUAGUGUUAAAUCUCAUAGGGCAUGCCGGAAUUAGCUCAGAUCGUAAAAUAGUUAACAUUCUACAUUGUUAAUAAAUUAUUUUUAGUUAAGCUAAGCUUGUCUCAUUUUAGAUGACUAUGCAGAUAUGACUUUUCCAAUGUGUACUUGGUGUCUUGUCUUAUGCUUAUAAUCUUGAAAGCAGGACACAUUAAGCAAUACUGUAUUUUAGAAAGGAGGAGGCACACACUUUGUUUUUCUGCUCACAAUUUUCUUGUGAUCUUCCUCCACUAAACUAGGAACAUGAUACAAAUUUUUUUAUAUUUCCCUGUUCUUCCUUUGACCCGUUUCCCAUGGUUUGAGAGAUCAAGUCUCUGCAUUUCUUUUCUUAUUUUCCAUGGUCUGGAAAAUCUUAAAGUCACCAGUGUCUAAUACAAUUGAAGGAUGAGCUAGACUCUGAUCAGUGGUUUGUCCAAGACGCAUCUUUAAUCCCGACCCUAUACUUUCUCAGUACUUAUGUGCACAAAGCAUUUAUAUGUUCACCAAUAUUUUGACCUAAGAAAUAUAGUAAAGCCUUUAGCUUUAGUGAAGAUGAAGAGAAGGAUAGAUGAACUGGACUAUUUAUUGUAUUAGGUUGAAUCAUAUGAAAUUGCUGAUAUUUGACUGUUUUUGACCUACAUAAAUGGCAAUUUCAUAUGGCUUGACCUAAUAUCAGCAUUGUGGAUAUUACCCUUGAAUUCUUUUGAUUGAAAGUAAAAAGAAUUAAAGGCUUGGAAGCGAUAUAAAAAGGCUAUGCAGGUCUCUAUUUAGAUCAUACCAGCCGCUUAUUGAUCUUAUUCUUGAGUCCAGAAUUCUUUUCCAAUGAACUGGUAAUUAAUGCAUGGUUAUAGGCAUGCCUGGCUUCACAUAAAGAGUUACCCUUGAAAAGUUAUAUGAGAAAAUCACAAUUUUCUAAAUUAGAUACUUGUAAUUACAACAGUUGUGGGACUAUGCUAUUUAGAUACUUCUGAGGUCAAUAUUCCCUUCAUAAAGUAAGUAGCCACUCCCAGAUUAUCUGACAUUUAUCUCCCUAAUCUUCAUAUAUUAGGUUUGAUUAAAGCUCAAUAUCUUUUCCUGAAUUUGGUUGAUAUAGAUACACCCAUUUCUUCUUUUCAUCCCCUGAGUUUAUUUCAUUUAAGGUCCACUAAUUUUGAAAUUAUACAGUAGCUCAACUGAGCACGUUCUCAGCUCCUGUCUCUACCCUCUCCCACUCAUCAACUAUACAGUGUUGAACCCUUAGCUUCAAUAUAGUUCCUACUAAUCCAAGAAAAGUCAUUAAAUGCCUGAUCUAAGUUCACUUCUGCCUGGUUAAUUUGUGCUCAAUCUCUCUGUAGUCUCAUUGUAAAAGUAACAUUUACCAUCCAUGCAAUUGCCCUUCGUACAACUGAAGACUGUUAAUAAAUUCAGGUCUCACCUCCAUGUCUGAGAGGGCUAUAGCAGCUAAUCAUGGAGAUGGGAAUUUGUCUGAUUAUCUAGUCAGGCUUUCCAUAUCUAAGGUAAAUACAUUCUGCCACCUUAUCUUUUAUUCAUAGUGCCACCAUAUCUUUUAUUCAGCCUUCCUGUGGUCACACUCCAAGGUUUAAACAUCCUCUUUCAGUUGCAAGUCCUAAAAUUAAAUUUAGCAUCCAAAGUCCUGAUAGCUAUGUUGGUUCAUGGUUGCAAGAUGUAAUUCGCCGUCUCCAUGAGACAUGCCAAUACAUCUCUUUAGCAGCUGACCCCACCCUCCUCUCACCUACCAAAGACUUUCUCAGAUGUGAUUCUACAAGAGAGUUCUGCUGUUUGAGUUCUUGCUAGUAAUUCACUUCAGAUGAGCAAUAACCCUGAGGUGAUCUCUGGGAUAAAGAGAGAACAUUGAAUCCCAAGACUAUAGGGAUAUUGUUAUUUCAUUGCACAGACCCAAAUGCUUGAAACAUAAAAAGGUGUAAAACUUUUGUGGCACAUACUCAUCCAUUUUACCACCAUAUUUGUAAUACCCCUGUUGAUUUUCUUUUCAGAUUACAAGGGCAAUAUAUGUUAUUUGUGGGAAACCUGAAAAAUCCCACCAAAUAUAAAGAAAAUUAAAGUCAGUGGAAUCAUACUACAAUCAUAUUGUUUAAAACCAUAUUUCCAGGUUUUAAGUGAGUCACUAGCUGGGGCCAAAGGCACUUUUGGACUAAAUAUAUGAAGAAACGCCUAAAGCCAAGAAGUCACUUAAAAAAAUCUGUCCACUAAUAUUUUGUAUGCAUCUAGAAACAGACUCACUGCAAGCAUCUGGCUGUGCCAUUUGUUCAGGGGUACAAAGAAGGCUUUAGAAGUAGCAGCUCUGAUGCCUCCUCUAAUGAGUUAAAGCUCUUGCGGGAAAUUCUAAAAUCCUUUGGGACCAUUUUGUUCCUUGGUGCUCCUGUAAAAUUUUCUGGGAUAGUCACUGUUUGGCAAUACUGCCACCUGCUGAAAGCUGAACUUCAGAAUGAAAGGAAAAAAAUAAAUACUUCAGAAGGCAUAAAACAUCUAAUUUAUUUUAGACAACAAAGGGGCCACAAUAACAAUGAUCAUACCUGGAAUUUCAGACUCUGAAAAUCUCAAAGUUGAAAGAAUUAAGGAUAUUAUGCUACUUGACUUUGUACCCCACACAUCCAUUCCUCAGCAGUGCCUCUCAAUUCUUUGUGUUCGAGCACUUCACCCAAUGCAAAAUGCUCAACUUUCAGGUAAUUGUAAGUAGGAUGAGAAAAAUCAGAGCUGCUAUUAGCAUCAGAACAAAUCAUAUAUAAAGUUCAGAAGUAGGCCCAUGAACAUAAAAUUGAGCCCAUUAUAAAGAUGACAUUCAUGAGUAAAGGUUGGAUUAUUAAAUUACAUCAGGAUAACUGUUUAGCCAUUUUAAGGGGAAAAUAUUAGAUUCAUACCUUAUAAUUUUCAUCAAAAUAAACUCUAGAUGAAGUCAAGUUACAUGUUUAAACACAUAAACAUGCAAAAGAACUAACAGGCAAUAUUGCUGAACCUUCAUGAAAUUUUAGUGAGGGAAAAGUCUUUCGAAAUGUGACAUCAAAGGGAGAAACCGCAAAGGAAAAGACAGAUAGGUUUGAGUGAUUUAAAAAUGCAAAACUUCUAUACAGAAAAAAAAAUCAAAUUACAAUAAAACAAUAUUUGCAAUAUAUGCAAUAAAGAGCAUGAAUCUUUAAUAUAUGUCAAGAGCUUGGGCACCACUACCUACCCAGCCAAGUGUCCCCAUUGCAUUCUCUACUUUCCUAUUGCACUUUUUUCAGUUUAAUUGCUUGUAUAAUUGCUUUCCCCUACUCUAAGUUCAAGAAGGCAGUGGCUAUAUCUAUUUUGCUUAAUAUUAUAUCCCCAACACCUAACAGUACAAGACCCAGAGCAAAUAUUGAAAAUACAUUUACUGAAUGAGUGAAUAAUGAAUGCAUGAAUAAGUGACAUCUUAUGACUCAAAAAGAAUUAAGCUUUCCAGAAGAAAACGGAACCAAGGAUACAAACUGGCAAUGAGAAAUGAAAUAAAAUAAUGCACUAAUUAAAAACAUGAAAAAUAUUUGAAUAGGCUAUAAAUUAAAAAUGAAAUUUAAUAUGAUAUUCUUUUUCUUUUACGUAUCAGAGAGUAUAAAGAAUUUAAAUUCCCAAUGGCAAGCGAGUAAGGAAAUGAGCAUUCUAUUAGAGAAUCAGCAAGAGUGUAAAUUGAUUCUAGCUUCCUGGAACAUAUUUUGGCAAUAUACUGUUUUCAAAAGCCUUAAUAAUAUGCAUAGCCAGUAAUACCACUGUAAGAAAUUCUCCUUUUAAACAGGUCUGAAAAACAUAAGCUGAGAUGCACUUAUUCAUUUAUUCCAAAAAUAUAUGCAAGAAAGGAUGUUUAUAUCAGCACUAGUUGGAGAAGUGGAAAAAAUGUAAAUCACCUACAUUAUAGGGUUGGUGAAAUAUCGUUUCAGUGGAAUAUCAUGCACCAAUUAAGAAUAAUCACCACUGAAAUGUACAAGCUAUAUUGUUAAAAGACAAAAAGAGAACGACAAGGAAUAUCUACAAUAUGAUCCCACUUUAAAACUAUUUGUAUAUAUGUGUGCAUUAAAGAGUUUGAGAGGACAAUUACAAAAAUAUUAACAGCAUUUAUAUCUGGGAGGUAAGAUUUGGAACAAUUAUGUUUUCUUUUUGCAUAUUUAUAAUUUCCAAUUUUUCCACAGUGAGCAUGUAGUAUCGGGAUAAUUUUUUCAGGGAAUAAACAACAAUGUUCACAAUAUAUAUUAAAUGGAACACAUAAAACAGUAUAUAUAGUAUGAUACAAUAUUUGUACAAAAAGGAAAAUAUAUAAAAUAUAUCUAUGUAUGUAUAUAUAUGCAUAAGAAAGCUAGAAGGACAUACACUAAAAUGUUAAUAGUAGUUAUCUAUGGGUAGCAGGAUUAUGGGUGAUUAUUUUUUCUUUAUGCUUUCCUGUGUUUUCUAAUUUUUCUACAAUGAACAUGUAUUACUUGUGUAAU